UACAGACAAUGGUUUUCAGGUGACAGUGGUUGGAUAUAAUCACAAAUUAAGGGUCUUGCUCGAAACUGUUGUUGGAAAAAUUGCAAAUUUCGAAGUAAAACUUGGCAGAUUUUCUGUAAUUAAGGAGAUGGUGACAAAAGAUUAUCAAAAUUUCAAGUUCCAACAACCUUAUCAGCAGGCUAUGUAUUACUACUCAUUGAUUUUACAUGACCAAGCAUUGCCAUGGACUGAGCAACUUGAAGUUCUUCCACAUCUUCAAGUUGACAACCUUCUUAAAUUUUAUCUGCAGAUGCUAUCAAGGACCUUCUUGGAAUGCUAUAUUGCAGGAAAUAUUGAACCAAAGGAACCAGAAUCGAUCAUACAACACAUUGAAGAUGUCUUUUACAAGGGUCUCCAGCCUUUAUCCCUGGCUUUAUUUGCAUCUCAGCAUUUGUCUACUAGAGUUGUCAAGCUUGUAAGGGGCUUAAAUUACUCCUAUAAUGCAGAAGGUCUUAAUCCAAGUGAUGAAAAUUCUGCUCUUCUGCAUUAUAUUCAGGUACAUGUCUUGAAAGCCUUAGGAAAUAGUAAUGAAUACCAUAAUGCCCUCUGA